UACGAAAGUAACUAGAUCUGUCAUAUUUUUGUGGAAAAGUGAGGUUAUGAAAAUUUUGAUGUAACAAUUUCUUUUGAUUUUAUGUUUUGAUCGGUUUCUAGUUUGACAGUUGGUGUAGGGGUGAAAUAACCUGAAAAUCCCUGCUAGAUUUUCUAUGAACGUUCGGUAAAAGCGGUUUUAAAUUAAAUUAAUUAUAAUGAAUAAAAAUGUCAGCAAAAAAAAGUGCACUUCAGAAAAUUAUGUACAAGAAAACGUAAUAAUUAAUAACGGGGCCGUAAACGGUGAUUUAAGCCCCGAAAAAUGCCCCAAAAUAAACCAAAAAGACGUAGUGAAAAAAUUAAACGAAGAAAACAUUGAAACGCAAAAAAACAUCAUCAAACACAAUAGAAAGAAAAAAACGAAAUUAAAAGAACCUGAGGUAGUUAUCGAAUCAAUAAUAGAAACCAAAACAUCACCUUCAAGUAGCAAUUUAGAGAAAACUAUUAACGACUGCAGUACAAAAGAUAUUCUUGAUGUAGUGGAAAGUUUAGUGUGUAUGAAACUAGAUGCAAAUAUAAAUGAAAUUCAGGAUUCUCCUGUGGUUUUCAUACAGUACGAAUCUGAGCUGCAAAUGCCAAUGAUUAUGAAAAUUAUACAGAAGGAUCUCUCUGAGCCCUACUCAAUUUAUACAUAUAGAUAUUUUAUACAUAAUUGGCCCAAAUUAUGUUUUUUGGCAAUGUGUGGAGAAAAAUGCGUGGGCGCCAUAGUUUGCAAGCUCGACACCCACCGCAAAGUAAUAAAACGGGGUUAUAUAGCAAUGUUGGCCGUGGACAAAGACUACAGAAAAAAGCGCAUCGGCUCAAAACUCGUAGAGCUAGCCAUAGAAGAAAUGAUCAGGGGAGAUGCAGACGAAGUGGUACUCGAAACCGAAGUUACCAACAAAUCCGCACUGCAAUUAUACGAAAAAUUAGGUUUUGUUAGAGACAAACGUCUGUUUAGAUACUAUUUGAAUGGUGUGGACGCUCUGCGUUUGAAAUUGUGGCUUAGAUGAGAUUUUAUUAAUCGGAAAUGCCAUAAAUAUUUAAGUUUUCUCGUUUUGUUAGCUUUUUUUUCAAUUAUUUUAUCUCUGUUAUAUGUUGUUUGAUUAUUUUUGUUGACAAAAAUGCAGUUUAAUCACAAGUUCGCGUUUUUAGGUUAACUCCGCCCAUCUGUGACAUUUUUAGGUUAACCACGCCCACAUUUCAUUGUGUGAUUUUUCACU